AUGUCUGCAGCCUCUGCCGCUGGCAUCCAGAGGGUGCCGGUCCGAGAGCCCACUCGCACACCUCGUCCUGAACAAGACACUGAACUGCUGCUACUCUCAGAACCCUCGACCUUGAACCGAUUCUUUGUACUUUCAGCCAUUGGAAUUUUUCUCGCCAUCAUCAGCCAGUCCGUUCCAAACCUCAUCUCUGCUCACCACCCCAAAGUCGACCCUUCCCGAACAGCGAUAGCGACAACAGUAGCAAGUUCGGGCGAGUCCCUUUCACAAGGCCCUGGCAUACAGCAGGAUGCAGCUCUCAAGAGCGCGGGAUGGGCCUUAUCGCGUCUCGAUAGCCUGGUACCAAGCGAGGAGAAGUCUGUUCUAGCGAUGGCGAGUGUCCAUGACGGCGAGGUCGACCACAAGAGUCGCUCUGACAGGAAUACUCGGACCCAAGUAGCAAAACUGCACGAGAUGGCCGACAGUGGCAAACAGAGUGCGCAAAACCAAAAUAACAAUAAUCAGCCCGACGAACCAUCACCAGCUCAACCUACUCGUGCACACUCAUUCAUCACAGCAACACCCCACUCGCCGAAGCCUGAGCAGCGACAGGAGCAGCCGCAAAAGACGUCCUUGAUCCAGAGCGUCCACAUUUGGGCCAUGUCCCGCACAGCAGUAUGGAUGGGAUAUCGAAUGGGCAUGUGGUCCGUCAGAAAGACCUAUCAAGGAGCCAGAUUCGUUGUUGCCAAGCCCAUUGAGGUCGUUGCAGCGAUGGCGGAAACACCCUACGUGGUAACCAGAGACGUCUGCAAAGCCUUUUUGCCUGUCUACUCGUUUUUUGCUGUCGCAGCAAUGAUUGGCAUCGUCCUUGGGGGCACUGCUUUGUGGAUUGCUCAUCUUCUGAUCUCGGCCAUUGGAGCAGACGAGGACAGAUGCAGUCAAAGCAUUGUUCAGAUCCAAUCAAGGUCUAUGCCACGUUUGAAGUCAUCAAAUUUAAGACGAGCUACUGCUGGGAGGGGGACAGAUCCGUUAGUUGAGUCAUCGUCCACAGAUUCUUCGUACAGUAGGACGUUCAAAAAAUCAGCGGAUGUUGCUUACGGUCGUCAGGAUGCUAUGCGUCGUCGGUCCAAGCCGGGUCUUAGUGCAUCGCAGAUGUCAGGCCGCGUCCAGACACGGGACCUACUAAUCGAGCGCGAGGAUGAUGAAGACGAGAACGGAGAAGACGCAGAUGAUGACGACGAUGAUGACGAUGACUGGAAUCAUGCCUAG